AUGAGCGCGGACGUGGCGGUGUCUCUGUCGCUGCUCGCCGGGAUCGUGGCUCUGAGCGAUGCCACCCGCAGAUUGCUGACUCGGGCCCUCGCGCACACCGGGCUGUCGGUGUACGCGGUGGAGCUCGUGUCCACCUUCCAGCUGUGCUGCUGCACGCACGAGCUCAAGCUGCUGUCGGAGGUCGGCGGGAUCGAGCCUCGCCUCGCGCUCACCUUGACGUACGUAGCGGCCGUGGUGCACGGGCUCACCUUCAGCGGCGCCAUCGGGAACCCGUCCGGUGCGCUCGAGCACGCGUACCGCGCGCAGCUCUCCGGCGGGUGCGCACUGCGGCGGAUCGUGUGUCAGUUCGCCGCUGCCGUGGCUGCGCGAGCCGCGGUCCCGGUGCUGUGGAGCAUCGGGCUGUCCGGGCUGCACGCGCGGCACAAGCUGCUCGGUUUCCGGUGCAUCAGCCCCAUUCACGCGCCCCUGUCGCAGGCCGCCGCCGUGGAGCUCGCGUGCGCCUUCGCGGUUCAGACCGUCAUCACGCACACGCGGUCGGUGGAGGAGAAAUACCGCGUGCACGCGGUAGCCGCGACCAUCACUACAGUGGUGUACGCAGGCGGCAGUGUGACAGGAGCAGUGUUCAACCCAGCGCUGGCCUUCUCCACACAGUUCCCCUGCAGUGGACACUCCUUCCUGGACUACUGCUUAGUGUACUGGCUGGGACCGCUGCUGGGUAUGAUGAGCUCAGUGCUGCUGUUCGAUAAACUCGUCCCUUCGCUGUCGAGGAAAUCUUCCUCUCUGGAUCUCCCGACGGACGCCAAGAAGUCGGCCUGAACACUUUAACCGGAGCACAGAGUUCCUGACGGACUGCUCACCGUCUGCCGAGGAAACAGAAGAACACUGAAGAGCACUUUGUAUGGAGAGACUUUUAUUUUGACAUUCGAUCGCGGUCUUCCGGGUUGACCUCACAUUAGAAGCACAUCUAAGAAACUAAACCAAUUAAUUUUCUGAGGAGGCUGAUUGAACACAAAAAACAACACAAUACUGGAGUCUAAGACAUCUUGUCUAGUUAGGAAUCUUUGAGGUUAUUUUUUUGUUAUUUUUUAAUUAGUUACUAAAAGAACGUUUGCAUGAUUUGUAGGAUGUUUAUCGUCAGACUGGAUGGACGCUGACGUCAGCCUGUUGUCUGAUAACAGGAACGUUGUAGCUGCACAACAAACUCUGAGCCAGGUGGUGUUUUUAGGUAGAAUCAAGUCUUAACACUAAUCAGUCGACUGGAAACUGGAAACUGUUUGAUGAUAUCACACUGUACAGUACUUUUUAAACAGAGCUACAAACUGUGUAUUUUAUUCCUGUUUAUAAUUAAUGUGACAUUCCAGAGCCAAGCACAGAGCAGGAAUGAAGCGAACACGUCUGCACGGAUUUAUUUGGUGCCUUUGAAUUAUUCUGUAAAGACUAAAAACAGAUUAAACUGUACGAUCA